AUGCAUAAACUUCCACAUAAUUCUAUAAAUGAUCUUUUAGUUAUAUUAAAAAAGCAUAAAUAUUUUUCCAUGUUGCCUAAAGAUGCAAGAACAUUAUUAGGUACUAAGCCAGUCCCAAUACUAAAUAUGUAUGAAGUUAAACCUGGUAAAUAUUAUCAUUUUGGUUUGGAAAAUGGUAUUAUUCGUAAUUUACCUAACAAUGUAUCUCCCACGAGAGAUCAAGCUCGUUAUUGGUAUAGAUGGACUUCCUAUUUCAAAGAUUACUUCUACCCAAUUUUGGCCCAUUCAAUUAUGGCAUAUUUAAGACCAAAUUCAAACCUUGUUUUUCCUGUAGGAUUGUAUUGUGGUACAGAUAAACCCAGUGAUAGUAAUGAGUAUUUAAAAUACUUUGUAAAUGAAGCUCAACAUAUAAUCACAAAUGGUGUUCGUAUUCAUAAUAGAUUAUAUAGUAUCAUACUUGAUGUAUUUUGUUGUGAUGCACCAGCUAAAUCAUUUGUCUUAAAAAUUAAAGGACACAAUGGUCUUUUUUCUUGUUCAAGGUGUGAAAUUGAAGGUGAAUACAAAGAAAAUAGAAUGUGUUUUCCUUACAGUGAACCAGAUAUCAAAUUAGCCACCACAUAA